AAAUAAAGUUGAGUGAUUCGAAGAACAAAAGAAGAGGGUGUAGUGUCCUAAGGGAGGGGUGUAGGCAAUGAAGGAUAGCAUGAGGGAUAUUUAAAGAGCAAAAACAUGGGCUUUGUACAUAACACUUAAGAAAUGUCUGUGAAGAAAUUGGUAUGUUUAUUGACGGUGGCAAGUCUCCUAAUUCAAGAAUCAUAUUGUCAACUUGAAGUGUGUGGGACCACUUCAUUCAACAACAAAAUAGUGGGGGGUGAGGAUGCCCCUGCAGGAAGUUGGCCCUGGCAGGCUAGCGUACACCAAUUUGGUGGCCAUGUUUGUGGCGGGUCCCUCAUCAACAAGGAGUGGGUGAUGUCUGCAGCCCACUGCUUUUCUGGCUCAAGCCCAAAUGAUUGGAACAUCAUUUUAGGUCGACAGAACCAGGAGGGCAAUAACCCCAACGAAGUGUCCAGAACUGUUGCUCAGAUCGUCUUACAUCCAGUUUACGACAGUGACACCAAUGACAACGACAUUGCUCUGCUCAGACUCACCUCACCAGUCAACUUCACAAACUAUAUCAGACCCGUCUGUCUGGCAGCAAGUGAUAGUGUUUACCACAAUGGAACUGAUAGCUGGGUCACUGGCUGGGGCAAAAUCAACGAAGGAAAAUUCCUCCCCUCCCCUCAGGCUCUGCAGGAAGUGGAGGUUCCAGUUCUGGGUAACAGACAGUGUAACUGCCUCAAUAGGGUCGGCUCAGUCACAGACAACAUGCUUUGUGCUGGUGUACUGACAGGAGGCAAGGACUCAUGUCAGGGUGACUCUGGAGGUCCAAUGGUGGCCAAACAGAACUCUGUCUGGAUCCAGUCUGGGGUUGGCUGCGCUCGCCCCAAUCGCCCUGGGGUGUACACUAGAGUGUCUCGCUACCAGCCCUGGAUCGACUCCAAGAUCACUACCGACAAGCCAGGCUUUGUCCAGUUUACCUCCAGUGGGGUAGAUACUGACAGCAGUUACACAUGUCCUGGCCUACCACCUCCUGCUACAACUGUACCAACUAAACAACCAAAAACAACAACAACUAAAGCAUCAGAUAUCGCUGUCAUUUCAACUGCAGAAGGGCGAGUAUGUGGCCGUGCUCCUAUGAGUCCCUGUCUAGGGGGCAACAGUUAUUAUGUUGCGGAGGGAACUUGGCCCUGGAUGGUCAAUCGACACAGAAAUGGGAUCCAUAUUUGCAGCGGCACACUCAUUACAGAGGAAUUGGUCCUUAGUGCUGCCCAAUGCUUCCCUGGUUCACAUCUAAAUCCCGACGAGUGGACUGUGUUUCUGGGAGAGCGCAAGCAGAAAGGAUCUGAUGCCUUUGAGGCUUCAUUGGGCAUUGUGAACAUCACUCUGACCAACCUAACUGGGACCAACAUUGCGCUGCUGCAGCUGGAAAACUUUGUGAACUUCAGCAGCUGCCUUCAGCCUAUAUGUGUAGACCUGAGCAAUAAUGGAAGUUUCCCACCUGGGACUCCGUGCUGGGUGACAGGCUGGGGAAACCAGGACAAAGGCAGUGGUAAGAAACUGUGUUUGUUUGCAAGAUGCUGGAAGGCCAUUCAGUGUUCAAGUAAUGGAUGCACAUGAUUCAAUAAUUCAUCAUUUCUUUAGGGAAAAUGAGGUGAUGAAAACAGUUCAGUUUUGUUCACCAUAUUAUUAGGACAUUUCAUUAUUAUCAGUACAUUCCUUGUUAGUUUAUUCUACCACAGGCAUGUGGUGGAAUAUUUCUAUGCGUGUAAUUUUACUUAAUUAGUAAAAGUUUUUUAGUUUUUGUGUCUAUUAAUUUUUAAGAAGAAUAAAACAAACAAUUACUUUGUAGCACAAUGUCUCUGCCAUACAACUACCAAAAAAGUUUGUAAGAUUUAUUUUAUUAUAUAAAAGCUGCAAGAUUCCUGAUUUAUAAAGCAAUUCUAAUGGGUUA